UGUCAAACACAAGCCACAUGCCCUAAUGGUGGUCGUUAUUUGAAUAUUGGAUGCACGUUCUCCGCUCAAUGCACGCCAUUUUAUAGCGGUGUAUCGACCUGCUUCAAUGGCUGUUGCUGCACAGUACCCAGUCCUACACCACCACCAUCGACAAGCCGAUUUGGAUACUGUCCAUCCGGACAGCUGUCGGAAGUGCGAUGCAGUGGACGCGGACAAUGUCAGGCUGGACAGACGUGCAUGAGCGGGCUUUGUUGUACAACCACCGGAAAUGAAUGGAAUGAGGCAUGUGGUGGAUUAACGGCUUUCGGUUCCUGCAAUAAUGGUGCCUGCUCGUAUGGAGUCUGUACUGCUUCAAACUAUUGUUGCGAAUGUCCUGUAGGACGGAGUGGCGGGCGAUGUAAUAAUGUAAGGAAUUAUCUAAUUGUU